UUAUUUUCGUUGCUGCUGCCAAAUGAUUUAAAAAUGAGUGUCGUACAUGAUCCAGUAAAAAGUACAGUUUAUGUAUCAAAUUUUUCAUUUUCAUUAACUAACAAUGAUAUACAUAAAAUAUUUAGUAAAUAUGGAAAAAUUGUCAAGGUGACUGUAAUGAAAAAUCAACAACGCAAAAGUAAGGGUGUUGCUUUUAUUCAGUUUCUGAAUGCAGCCGAUGCUAAAACUUGUCUCGAACUCGACAACACACAGAUGUUCGGUCGCACAAUCAAAGUUAGCAUAGCCAAAGAUAAUGGCCGGACAACCGAGUUUGAUGCCAAACGAGUAUAUCCUGAUAAACAGAGCUGUUAUGAGUGCGGUGAGCAUGGACAUCUAAGCUAUAAGUGUCCAGUUAAUGUGCUUGGUAAUCGCGAACCUAAACAAAAGAAGCGUAUCCAAAAAUGCAAACCAAUAGCCACAGAAAAUACUGGCAACAAUGAUGUCAAUGGAACCCCAUGCAUUGAAGAGGAGACCACAACACAUAACGAAGUCACAUCGAUCACAGUUCACAAGAGGAAGAAGUUCAAACCAAGUACAUAUUUCAGCGACGAAGAGGAAAUAGUCGAGUAAUUCAUAUUUAUCAUAAAACUCUCAAUUUACUAAUAAUUUCAAUGAUUUAAUAAAGAAUAAGAUUUGUAAUUAACAAAAAUAUUUAUAUUAUUA